AUGGAUUCUCCGUCGCAGCAAGCGCAAACGUCCACUUCCAAUAUUGAACGACCAUUUCGAUUACUUGUCAAAGAUCGUUUAUUUAUUAUUGAAUCGACAAUUAUUGCAAAACUUUCGCCUAUAUUUGCUGGAAUUGUGGUCUGUCCGGACAGUAAUUCAUCAGGCGCAAUUGAUAGCGAUGAUCAACCAUUACGGGAAAUUGUAGACGAAAGCAGCGGUGACAUUGCUACAUUUUUAAAUUGCUGUAUCGAUGCUGAUCUUAUUGAUGAAAGCAAUUUUGCAACAGUGCUUCGCUUAUCGAGAAAGUACCAAGUAAAUUUGUUGAUUGAAGCUUGUGAGGAAUUCAUUUCCAGCAAAUGCAAUUUAGAUGAGUUGAAAGCAGAUCAGGUUGUAACAUUAUUGGCCAUAAGCAAUGAAUAUCAUUUGCGUAGAGAAAUAAUGAUCAAACUGAUCAGUCGGAUUGCUUCUGAGACUAAAAAUGAUUUAGCACGUUUGAAGUUAAGCAGAUUACUACCAUCACAGUUACAUGCUUCAAUAGUAACAACAAAUUUAAAUAUGACUCAACUGAGGGAAAUUGAAACGAUGAAUGGUCAUCUAUUCAAGAUGAAUCGUUCCGUAACGUUGUACAGACGAAUGGCCUGUGAAAUGUGUAGAAGAAUAACUGAUUCCGCCUAUUGCGAAGGCUGCAAGAAAGCAUUUUGCAAAGAUCAUUGGACUCGAAAUAAAUGCACAAGCAAUUAUGGACAAAAUAUGAUGGAUGAAUUGCGACAAAAUUUGGUAGAAUUGGAAUACGAAUAG